UUAGAGAAUGCUUUUGGUAUGUUUAAGAAUACAGCACCAUUUGACAGCACAGGACACCCCGCCAUUACAGUAAACGCGGGAAAAUCUAACGGACUUCCGGUUGGAAUGAUGAUUGUUGGAAAACGUUUCGAGGAUUUUAAAGUUUUACAAGCGGCAUAUGCGCUGGAUAAGCUACAACUUCAGAAUUGAAGUCAGAGACGUCAUCAAUAGAUAUUUAUUCGGACAUCAAAUAUGUUGUAAAUGAAUUUGAUAUUGCGUUUAAUGAUUCUGAAACUCCGAAGUUCUGAUAUUUUUACAUUUAUCGGUAUAUGGUGGUAUAUACACAUGAAUAUUUGUGGGAGCUGCAGAUAGAAUGGUGCAAACCGAUCGAUGUUGAAAGGCUAUAUAUUAAAGACGAAAGAAAGUAUUAUUUUUUAAUACAUAUUCCAAAGGUCAAGGUCACACGUAAAGAUCAAAUGUUAUUUUAGAGUGUGUCUAAGCCGUGACUGUAACAUGCAUGGAGCAAUCUUAUUUUAAUUUGGCGUAUAUGUUUACCUGAAUGAGAUGGAGGGUUGUGCAACAAACACUACAGGUCCCAUCUAAAGGUCAAGGUUAUUCUGGGAAUCAGUGGUCAUAAAAGAUCUUGUCCAGGCCGUAACUUUGGAACGCAUUUAGCAGUUAAUUAUUCAUUUAACUUAUAAAUAUCCUCAGUGACACAAAAUAUUGCCACAAGACACUUGUUCUUAUCUCCAUGGCCAAUGCCACACCAAGGGGUUAAAGGUCAUGUCUCAUAUUGCUGGUUCUGUAACUUUUUUUACUUGUUUUAAGCUUUUAUAUUUAAUUGACUGACAUGUUGGAGUCAUUGAGGCAAACUCAGUUAACAUUUAAUUUCAAAACGAUGUAACCAGUGUAGGGAAGCACGUGAUUUCGAAUGACGACGUGCACAUUACGGGUAUCUAGAGAAAUCAGAAGGUAAGGAGCAUAUGAUAGGGUAUCAUAAAUGUUUAUCAAUAUAAAAUAUACAUUGAUUUUCCUGCUGAAACGAGAGAAAGUAUCGGCCAUUUUUCCGUGCACGCCGUCUUUUUAAAUCACGUGAUUCCCCACACAGAUUAUUCGAGCUUUUCAAAAUGAAAAUUUGAUUUUUGUACUUUUUUUUCGGUUUAAGUAACUUAACUAAGUUUAACGUACACAUAGACUGUUACACUUACCAUAACAACAGAAAACAUAUCAUAUUACAAAACUGAUUUAUACAUAACGAAGCGCGCAGUCAUAUUUAUAAAUAAGACAGUGAUUUAGGAGAUAAAAUAACAAAACAUAUGUCCGAUCAUAUCGUUACGAUUGUACUGGAUAUAUUUAUUCUCUUUAUGCAUGGACCAUUUAAUAUACUACACUUACGUUUUGAUGUUAUACUUCAGAAUUUAUCCAUAGUAAUAAUAGUAAGAAACCAAAGACAGACGGACAAGACUUAAAACCAUACGGAAAUAGUAAGACUUCGAGAAGUGUUGAAACAUUACAUGAGACAAGAACACAUUUCUGUAUCUCUUGCCAAAUCAUUUUCAAAACAAGAUGAACUGAACUUUCACACUUACAAAGAUAAAAACAGCGGUAUUUAAGCACCAAGCUGUAAUAAAAUUACAACUUUGUUGACCAAUAUAUAGGCGAAUUCAGUUCUUUCUACGCCAAACUUUUUGUCAACAAAUCAUCACCAAAAAGACAAAAGAUAAAUACCAGGUGAAACAACCUAUAGUUUGUCCGUUUGAAGCAGUUCACACGAUGAAAAAGAAAACGAAAGCAGGGAAAGUUAGUUGUUCCUUUUGCGAAAGGAAAUAUUCGACAAAAUUGGAACUGUCUCAGCACAAGAGAGACAAGCAUAAAAUUGUACAGUGUACCUUCUGUGACAGCCACUUUUCGAAACAACAUGCGGUAUUGCAACACCAAAAAGAUAAACACACAGGGCCCAGUCAUUCUACCACAAUAUAUGCCAGAACAAACAGUUCGGAGAAAAAGUAUUGUUCCUCAUGUGCCAGAUCCUUUACCACUGUUACUGCACUUUUACAACACAAACAAGACACACAUGAUACAACCAAAUCCACCAGCAGCCAUAGUGCGCACUUUACAGAAAGGUUGCACAAACCAUCCUGCAAAAAUGUCAAAUGUAAAAUAUGCUUAAGCCGUUUCUCAAUGACAAGUGCGUUGUGUCAGCACAUGAAGGAUAGGCACCAAAGAAAGCAGAAUAAUUGUCUUUUGCGCUGCACAAAUGUGAAAGAGGAAGCUACAAGCAGAAAAUACAAAUGUCCUAAGUGCGCAAAAUGUUUUUCGACAAAUGAUGCACUGUUCCAGCAUCAAAGAGACACACAUCGGCCAGUACCAAAUAACCCCCAAUCAAGGAAACGUAGACAUGACUUAUCAAUCGAUAUUAAGAAAGAAGAUGGGCUUACGAAACAACACACGGCUGGUCCUUUGCAUAAGAAAAGGAGGAGGACUGUCGAAGAGGUAUACGUCAAAGAAGUAAAUAUAGACAAAACUGAAAAGACGAAAUCUGUCAAACAUGUAAAUUACAUACUUACCGAGAUAAUGGCUCAUGUGCACCGGCAACAGGGAGGUGAUAUAUAUUGUCCCAACUAUGUGAAGGCUGGCAGUUUUCCGGUUAACACAAAAAUUGGAGAGGCAGACGAAUUUGAUAUCAACGUUUGUUUAAAAUUAGGACAAAAGGAUGUAAAGGUCAGCAGUGUUAGAAAGAUAAAUUACUCCUAUUCCCAGAAUAAACAUGCAACAAACAUGAACAUAAAUUGUGAGCCGGCUAUUACAAAGACAAGGGUCAAGCCCCCAGAUGGUUAUGUUGUAGUGUCUGUUGACGCAGGUAUUAUUCCUGAAGGCCUUAGAUACGGGGAAGAUCUAGUUCCACGGAAGAUGAAAUAUGACCUACACCAGAAAAUAAGCACUGCAAUAACCAAAGUAGAUUUGAAUCCUUCAGAUGUCCAUCUCAGCAAGAUGACGCAUGGACCAGCUUUAACCAUGACCAUUAUCCCAAACAAGCACUCCGGUGUUCAGUACAAUAUCAGUAUUGACAUAACAAUAUCACUUCCAUGUGAUAUACCUAAAAUGGAGUGGCCGCGCAAGAAAACCAAAAAAGCUUUCUGUGAAAAGCUUAUAAUUGAUGUAAAGGAAACUGGGACACACCUAGUACCAAAGAAAAAUGAAUUCUGGGCAAUUUCAUACUCCAAAGCUGAACGAGAACUUUUCUCCAGACUUGAUUAGGGUAACGGCUGCAGAAAAUUUGUCUUUAAAAUGUUAAAGAAGUACAUGCAAAGUUGUAAAUCUGGUUCUAAAAACGGCUUGCCAGGAUUGUCUUCACAUGUUUUAAAAGUCAGUAAUAUGUUAUUUUAUCUAUUUGUUUUAAAAAUAUUUUAAAAGUGGAAAUGGUAUUUGUUCACGGGUUGUAUUAUUUAUCUUUAUAAUGUAUAAAAUUACUAUAUCUUUAAUGCUAGUUAAUAUUUUCCCUCAUUUUAUAUACUCGCGACAUUGCAGUUCUCUUAGCGGUUAAUAUUAUUUGUAUGCCCUGCAUAUUUUGAUAAUAGAGAGUUUGAGAUUUCAACCUUCGCCUUCCCCUUCAACGUCUCUUGCGAAGUUAACGUAUGAAGUUGAAGUUCGAUUAAAAUUCCUUGAGAUUUCAAACUUUAAAAUGAACCUUACUUCUUUUAAACCGCCCAUUCAAUUUAUCUGUAAUUAUGAUCGUGUUUCUCGUGCAUUUCGAUAUCAAUUGUCCGAAAGUGCAGGACUUUUACCAGAUAUUUUAGAAAUAAAAAUUAAAUAAAAAUAUUUCAAUUAACAUAAUCAUUGCAUGGAUAUUAGUGCGAUUACAAAAAAAAAACAACAUUUUAUAUAAAACGAUGUCAGUAUACAAUGCAUGAUUGUAAAUCAUACAUGAGUGGAAAUAAAAAUGAUAAUCAUAUCAACGUAUUCUAUUCCUGAUGGUGUUCUUGAAAGACAUUUCAGUAAAUAUGUUUUAAACAAAAACAUGAGACAUCAACUACAACAAAUGCAUUUCUCGAUAUACUUUGAAGUUAAAUAUAUGAUAUAAAGCAAACACAAAAGGCUGGUGACUAGUAUUUCAUAAUUUUCUUAAAUUUGUUUUUUUUUCUUUGAAUUGGUACUUUGUACAUCGAAUUCCUUAAAAGACGCGUUUUACUUGUAGACUGUUCAUGUGGAAAAUCUAACCUUUUAACAGAUAUGUUGAUAACAUGAGCCUAUAUACACAAUUUAUAAAUACAUUUAACAAGCGAUUUGAAAAAAAUGUAAAAUAUUCUCGUGAUACGAUACGUUUGGCAUCAUGACACUCAGUUUGACUCUGUAUAAUGCCAAACUCUCAGACAGCACGGUAUAAUCGUGCCAAGUCACCAUGUGUCUAGCGAAACAGUCAAGAAGUGUUAGGUGGAGACGAAAAUUGUGGCACAAAAUAACAUGUGGGCAUAUACACGUAUUUGUUU